UUAAGACCUUGACUGAUGACUGUACUUGUCCCAAGUCUUUCAAAAACAGCCAAGCAACAUCAGCUUAUGUUGCUAAGAGGUUCAUUGAGGAUUUUAGCAAAAAUCCAAAUUGGGAGGUGAGUGGUGUACACAACCAUGUGAUGCAAAAUUUAUCUGUUGGCCUAAGUAUAAACCAAGUGUAUAGGUCAAAGAGAAAGGCAAAGGAUUUGAUAAAUGGAGAUGAGCAACUGCAAUAUGGUGUCCUUAGGGACUAUGCACAAAUGAUAACCACUGUAGACAAGGGGAGUAGGGUUAUAUUGCAGACAGAAAUGGCUGAGGAGACUUCCCAGCCAAAAUUUAAGAGGAUGUAUGUUAGGUUCAAUGCUCAGAAGGUAGGAUUUUUAGGUGGAUGCAGGCCAUUUAUAGGUUUAGAUGGUUGUCACAUAAAGCACAGAUUUGGUGGGCAAAUCUUAUCUGCCACUGCCAAGGAUGCAAAUGACAACAUUUUUCCAGUAGCCAUGGCUGUUGUGGAACAAGAAACCAGGGAGUCUUGGAUAUGGUUUUUGGAAAUUUUUGCUGAUGAUAUAGGGAGGCCAGAGGAGCUUCAGUUGGUCUUCAUUUCUGAUAGGCAAAAGGGGCUUAUACCUGCAAUAGAGACACUAUUCCCUACCGUGGAGUAUAGAUACUGUGUGAAACACAUCUACAACAAUUUCAAAGUUGAUCACAAGGGAUUGGAGCUGAAGGAUGCAUUGUGGAGGUGUGCUGCUGCCACAACAGUAAGGGAGUUUGAGAGAUGCAUGCAGUACAUAAGGGAUUUGGAUGAAAAGGCAUAUGAGUAUCUUGCAAACAUUGCACCUGCACAGUGGACAAUGUCACACUUCACUCAUAGGACCUUAACAGAUUUCUAA